CGAUUUUAAUAUUAUAUGUAGAAUUUUUGUUUUGUUUUAUAAAGAAAACUAAAUAUGAUAUUCCGAAAACUUUUAACAAAUGUCGAAAUAAUGUUAAUCGCUACAAUAGCACUUUGCAUUGCUAUCAAUACCGAAAAUGACACUACAGUUGGUUAUCAUUUACCGGAUUACAUAAUACCAUUGCAUUACGAUGCCAAUAUAAGAUUUAACUACGAAACAAAUGAUAUUAUUGGUGAAUGUAAUAUAACUAUAAACAUUAAUCAUCAAACAGAAAAUAUAACUCUGUAUCCAGUGACUUUCGCUAUAAUAAAAAUAGUUUUGUAUGACAACCUUCUUAGUCAAAAAGUUUACGUUCCAAAGUAUUCGUUUAAUGAAUUAAACAUGUUUAUGAUCGAUUUUACCAAGACGCCAAAACUGCACAAAUUUUUACCACCCGGAAGAUACAUUUUAAUGAUAGCAUAUAUGAGUCACCUAAAUAAUAAUGAAGAAUACUUUAUACAAUCUUUAUUCUCCGAUAAAACACUGGACAACAUGUUAAUAAAGACAGGCGUUGAUAUAAUGACCGCUCGACAACUAUUCCCAUGUUGGGACGAUAUUGCACUUAAUUCGACCUUUAAACUUUCCAUCAAGCAUCAUAAAAAAUAUUCAGUUUUAUCAAAUAUGCCUGUACAAACGACAAAAAAUGAUGACAUACGUGACAUGAUGUGGACACAUUUUGAAAAAUCACCUUCAAUGUUCAUUCAACAUAUAAAAGUUGUGAUAACCACAUUCACUAAUAUUUCUACUUCGGUUGCAAACGUCACAUUUUGGGGUAGAAAAAACGUGACAUACUAUUUACAAUUAGCGGAAUCCAUUGCGCAACAAGUCCUAUACUUUUUGAAACGUGAAAAUACUAUAAACAAAUUACCAAAAAUAGACUAUGUUGUACUUUGGGAUACUCAACACGAUACUCAACACAUUGUGACAUCGGGACUAAUUUUACAAAGAGAAACCGAUAUUAUUUAUGAUGAAGACUCAGAUCCCAUAGGACAUAAAUUGAAAGUGGCAUGUCUUAUAACACAUCAAAUAAUAUCUCUUUGGUACGAUGAUGUGUUGCUGUGGUCAAAAACAGGUUUUGUUACAUUGCUUGCAACAUAUAUCUUCCAUCAGAUUCCUCCGGAUUAUGACAUAAUGAAUUUAUUUAUCGCCGAAACACAACGGAAAUCUUUUCUCUUUGAUACUUCUUCUGAUGCAAAUGAAACGAAUUCACUUAGCUAUCGUCUAGAUCAUAUAAAGCCAUCCAAUAUAUGGCGCAUGUUACACCAUUUGAUAACUCCUGAUAUGUUUUGGACUGGUAUCCGCACAUAUGUUAAUAACAAACAAUAUAAUCAAACAAAUGAUUUAUGGAACAUGAUGCAAACUAUUAUACCAAAUAACUCAAUCACAUUUAUUGUAAAAAGACUUAUAUCUGUUUGGAUAGAGGAAAAAUAUUAUCCUAUACUGUACGUGACACGAAAUGAUAUGACUAACGAGAUAAUAUUCCAGUAUCUUACUUUCGAUUUUGACGAGGAUACAGAACAUCUUUCAGCAUUCGUGACAUAUACGACAAAAUCAAAAAUGAACUUUCACGACAUUUUUGCCAAUAAAUUCUGGUUAUCACCGCAAAAACCGAAAAAAUUAGUGCAAAAGUUUGAUGAAAAUGAUUGGAUUAUAGUCAAUUUACAACAAACAGGGUAUUAUCGUGUUAAUUAUGAUGUUGCAAAUUGGCUACAACUUGCGCAAUAUAUGAAUUCUGUGAAAUAUGUCGACAUACAUGUUCUUAAUCGAGCUCAAAUCAUAGAUGACGCGUUUUACUUCGUCACACAUAAACAACUUGAUUACAUUGUGUUUUGGAAAAUCUCUGAAUUUUUAUCACGAGAAAUAAAUUAUGUGGCAUGGUAUCCUAUGUUUAAAGCUUUUGAACAUAUGAGUGUUAUAGGUUCAAUUAAAAAUACUGAUUCCCUAAAGGAAAAGAUGGAAAAAAUAUUGAGUGGAGUUCUGUAUCAAAUAGGAUACGUGCCAAAACCAUACCAGAGCGAUCUCAUCGAAUGUUUAAGAGAGGAAGCCGUAAAAUGGGCAUGUAUUAUUGGUAACAAAGAAUGUAGAGAAGUAGCCAAUAUGCAAAUGACAAGAGAUCUACAUUCUGACAGUGGCAUCUCUGUAACGCAAUCGGAAUGGAAAGGAUGGAUGUAUUGUAAUGGUCUGGUGUCAGCGAACAGCACCAUUUGUGAAGAUCCUUUAGUUGUUUCUAAUUAUAUACAGAUGAUUUCGGAUGAUGAUGAUUUAUUACAACGCAACAAUACACGUGCUCAUAUAUUUCUUCUUACCGUUGCGAAACAUGCAAGCAACGAUACAGUUUGCAAUUUUAUAUUGCAAAAUCUCAAUAAAAAUAUACCUAUGUUCACCUCUAACACGCAAGCCGACAUAAUUGCAACAUUAAUUGUUAUUAUUACGCACCAACAUGUUGUAGAACAAUUAGCUAAGGUACUUGAAUUUGCGAAAAUUAAUUUGAGAAAAAAGCGAUUAGUUAAUGCUGUUAAAAAAAAAAUUAAAAAACGAAAAGACGAGUACGCAAGAAAAGUCAGAAACUUAGGACACAUCGGUUUGCGUCGGUUUAAAUAAUAUUUAUUUAAUUUAAUUAUUCCUUCUUAGACUGCAAAUUUUUGUUGGACCAGAUAUUUGUUAUCUUUCAUCAUUUCUUUACCUGUUCAUCAACAUGACAUAAGAAAAGUUUCACUAAAUGUGGCUUGUUUUA